UGCAAACAACUCUGGCGAUGCCAAAAUUCCCCUCCAAGUGACAAGGCUUUGCUAAGGAAGCGUCCUCAGUCUGGGCUUUCUCUGAUUCCCUUAGCUUUCUUCAACGACGAUUAAAGCCUUUUUCCCCCCCCUCCUGGCAACAGGAAUUUAUGAAAAAGAAAAAGCUGCGCUAAACUCUAUUGUGACCUCAAACUCUUUGGACUGUUUGUUGUUGUUUUUUAAAUACUGGAAGAAAAUCCAUUCUUAAAAGGAAUCCGUAUAGGAGGAGAUGGAAGUUUUCCCCUUGCUCUUGGUUUUGUCCGUCUUGUGGUCUCGAACCUGGGAAUCGGCGAAUGCGGAUUCGAUCAUUCACAUCGGAGCAAUUUUUGAUGAAUCUGCCAAAAAGGAUGAUGAGGUGUUUCGCACAGCAGUUGGUGACCUCAACCAGAAUGAGGAGAUCUUACAGACUGAGAAAAUCACAUUUUCAGUGACAUUUGUUGAUGGCAAUAACCCUUUUCAGGCAGUCCAGGAAGCCUGUGAACUCAUGAAUCAAGGCAUCCUCGCUCUUGUCAGCUCCAUUGGCUGUACGUCAGCAGGGUCCCUCCAGUCUCUGGCAGAUGCCAUGCACAUACCCCACCUUUUCAUACAGCGUUCAACAGCUGGGACCCCACGGAGUGGCUGUGGACUCACCAGGAGUAACAGAAAUGAUGACUACACCCUCUCAGUUCGCCCACCAGUCUACUUGAAUGAUGUUAUACUGAGAGUGGUCACAGAGUAUGCCUGGCAGAAAUUCAUUAUAUUCUAUGACAGUGAAUAUGAUAUCCGUGGAAUACAGGAGUUUUUGGACAAAGUAUCUCAGCAGGGGAUGGAUGUUGCACUUCAGAAGGUGGAAAACAACAUCAAUAAAAUGAUCACCACUCUCUUUGACACCAUGAGAAUAGAGGAACUGAAUCGCUAUCGAGACACUCUUAGGCGAGCCAUCCUUGUUAUGAACCCUGCCACAGCCAAAUCCUUCAUCACAGAGGUUGUGGAGACGAAUUUGGUUGCUUUUGACUGUCACUGGAUCAUUAUAAAUGAGGAAAUAAAUGAUGUGGAUGUACAGGAACUUGUAAGAAGGUCAAUUGGAAGAUUAACAAUUAUUCGACAGACAUUUCCAGUCCCACAAAACAUAAGUCAGCGAUGUUUCCGUGGUAACCAUCGAAUAUCUUCAACAUUGUGUGAUCCAAAAGAUCCCUUUGCUCAGAAUAUGGAGAUUUCAAACCUUUACAUAUAUGAUACAGUGCUUCUGCUGGCUAAUGCUUUUCAUAAGAAAUUGGAAGACAGAAAGUGGCACAGCAUGGCAAGUUUGUCAUGUAUCAGAAAGAACUCCAAGCCCUGGCAGGGAGGGCGUUCCAUGCUGGACACCAUCAAGAAGGGUGGAGUUAAUGGAUUGACUGGAGAGCUAGAAUUUGGAGAAAAUGGAGGCAACCCCAAUGUUCAUUUUGAAAUCCUUGGAACCAACUAUGGAGAAGAGCUUGGACGAGGUGUUCGAAAACUUGGAUGCUGGAAUCCUGUCACAGGGCUGAAUGGGUCACUGACUGACAAGAAACUGGAGAAUAACAUGCGUGGAGUGGUUCUACGUGUCGUGACCGUUCUGGAAGAACCUUUUGUAAUGGUCUCUGAAAAUGUCUUGGGUAAGCCGAAGAAGUACCAGGGCUUCUCCAUUGAUGUUUUGGAUGCCUUAUCUAACUACCUGGGUUUUAACUAUGAAAUUUAUGUUGCACCUGAUCACAAGUAUGGAAGCCCCCAAGAAGAUGGCACAUGGAAUGGCCUGGUAGGAGAACUAGUCUUUAAGAGAGCUGAUAUAGGGAUCUCUGCGUUAACCAUCACCCCAGAUCGUGAGAAUGUGGUGGACUUUACAACACGUUACAUGGACUACUCAGUGGGUGUACUACUUCGAAGGGCUGAAAAGACUGUGGAUAUGUUUGCCUGUCUUGCACCAUUUGAUCUCUCUCUGUGGGCCUGCAUUGCUGGCACAGUCCUUCUGGUGGGACUUCUGGUCUACCUCUUGAACUGGCUUAAUCCUCCACGAUUACAAAUGGGAUCAAUGACUUCAACUACUCUCUACAACUCCAUGUGGUUUGUUUAUGGAUCUUUUGUACAGCAAGGUGGAGAGGUCCCAUACACAACUCUGGCUACCCGGAUGAUGAUGGGGGCUUGGUGGCUUUUUGCUUUGAUUGUCAUCUCAUCUUAUACAGCAAACCUUGCUGCUUUUCUCACUAUCACCCGCAUUGAAAGCUCUAUCCAGUCUCUCCAGGACCUUUCCAAGCAAACAGAUAUCCCUUAUGGCACUGUCCUGGACUCUGCAGUCUAUGAGCAUGUCCGCAUGAAGGGAAUGAAUCCGUUCGAGAGGGACAGCAUGUAUUCUCAAAUGUGGCGAAUGAUCAACCGGAGCAACGGAUCAGAGAACAACGUUUUGGAGUCCCAAGCCGGCUUUCAAAAGGUAAAAUUUGGAAAUUAUGCUUUUGUAUGGGAUGCAGCUGUAUUGGAAUAUGUGGCUAUCAAUGACCCAGAUUGUUCCUUUUACACCAUUGGGAAUACUGUUGCUGAUCGAGGAUAUGGAAUUGCCUUGCAACAUGGUAGUCCUUACAGGGAUAUUUUUUCACAAAGGAUUCUGGAGCUCCAGCAGAAUGGUGACAUGGAUAUCUUGAAGCACAAAUGGUGGCCUAAGAAUGGCCAGUGUGACCUGUACUCCUCAGUGGACACAAAGCAGAAAGGAGGUGCCCUGGACAUAAAGAGCUUUGCAGGAGUUUUUUGUAUCCUGGCUGCUGGAAUUGUCCUCUCCUGCUUUAUAGCCAUGCUGGAGACCUGGUGGAACAAGAGGAAGGGCUCCCGAGUCCCAUCAAAAGAGGAUGACAAGGAAAUUGACCUGGAGCACCUCCAUAGACGUGUAAAUAGCUUGUGCACAGAUGACGACAGCCCCCAUAAACAGUUUUCCACCUCGUCAAUUGACUUGACCCCUCUGGACAUUGACACUUUGCCAACACGACAAGCACUGGAGCAAAUCAGUGAUUUCAGGAACACUCAUAUUACCACAACAACCUUUAUCCCAGAGCAGAUCCAGACUCUUAGCCGCACACUGUCAGCUAAAGCUGCCUCUGGUUUCGCUUUUGGCAACGUGCCUGAGCACCGAACUGGCCCUUUUAGGCACAGGGCACCUAAUGGGGGCUUUUUCAGGAGUCCUAUAAAAACAAUGUCAUCUAUUCCUUAUCAACCAACUCCUACUCUGGGGCUCAAUCUGGGUAAUGACCCAGACCGAGGCACCUCCAUAUGAGCAUCAAACAAAAUCUCUUCACUGUUUCUUUUUUAGGACUCCCUUUGCAAGGAGCAACUGUAAUAUUGUGGGACUAACAUGGAUGUAACGUUUAAAAAAAAAAAUCAGGAUUAUUAGUAACAAUUCUAGUUCUUUCUCUCCAGCUUCUCCUUCCUCUCUCUCCUCUAUUUCUUUCUCUCUUUUUUUCCUUUUCUUCCCGUACAUUUCCCUCUACUUUUUGUCAUUAUUCAACUUGUUCCCCCAGAAUAUAGUAUAUUAGAAUCCUAUUAGUCCGCUUUUCAUAUACUGUACUUCAAGUAUAGGAAAUGUGCACUGAGUAUACUAAAAGUAUAUGCAGGAUUAAUUUUACAUAAAGGCCUCUUACAUAACGUUUCUCUAUUUUUAAAAAUAUAAUUGCAAUAACUUCAGUCUUUUUACAUUCUUCUGCUGCAUCCAUACAAAGCUCCACUGCUGUUGAGUGUCCUUUAACUGUGGACCAAAGGCAACCCCUGCAGUGUUUAUAAAACAAUUCAAAUACCAUUCAGGCCACAUAAUAUGAGAAUGCAAUUUUGUAGGAUUACAAAAAAAGCCAUUAAUAUGCCAGUCAAGACUACAGUUAAAACUACUCUUGCACUGCAACAGUGCAUAUGACCUUUAUGUGAUUGUACAGUAUUAAAAGUUUUUUCUUAUGUACAGUAAACUUUAUCAUAUGGCAGAAGCCUUGACUGUGUUAAAUAAAUUAGUAUCUCACAUAUAUAUAUAUAUAUACAUAUAUAUGCACCUAUAUAAUGUGUAUAUAUAUAAAAAGGCGGCCAUUGCUAUUGCAAUUCAUUUAAUAAAGCUUUAGUUAAAAAAAUAAUACAAUAUUGUAUACAGGAAAUAUGUAUAGUGCAGGGCGUCUUUUCAGUUAGAAAAGGCAGGUUGCUUUAAUGUUAUUCUGACGCACAUUGUUUGCCAACAGAGAAUAUUUUAUACUUUUGUUAUUAAAACAUCCAGGGCGAUUUAAUAUUUGUUCCUAGAUGUAACUCAUUUGAAUAGGUUUUGCGUUUGUUAUUCAGCAGUGUAUAAGGCUAACCUUGAUACUUUUACUCUUAAUUAAUUAUCUAAAUGUGAAAUGCUAUUAGCUGAACCACACCCACCACAGCACAUAGAGCUCUAUAGGAGUUUAAGCAUAGAUCAUUGAAGGUUAAUAAAAUUCUCUUCCAAAGAAGUAAGCCAAUCAAUACAAUAACUGUAGUGGGGAAGGGGAGCCCUUAAGAAAUACUGAUGUGGCCUUAAUUACUUUCAUAUGUUAUCCUAAAGAAGAAAACACAAUUACCAUACUGGGCUCUCAACUUAACCCCCUUAUUUUAAUUCAGUUCUAUUUGGAGGAGUUAUGUAUUUUUUACAUUAGUGCCAAGUGUAUAGGAGGAUGACAGCAAAAAUGGUGCCUGUUUGUGCACAGCCCUUUUAAAGUAGCUUUCAUACCUGUUAGAAAUGUAGAAUGAACUUUGUUUGUAAUCCUUCAAUUAAAAUGUGGUUAAGUAGGAAGCGAGAACUUAUCCUGUGUUUUUAUGCAGUCAUACACUUAUUUUAAUCUAAUUCAUUCCGUGGCUAGGAUUGAUAUAGGAAUCAACCUAUGUGAUUUGCUUUAGGAGAAAUUUUAAAAGGUAUAUUCUUAAGGUAUAUUAUAUUUUGAUGCUAAUUCUGUUCUGGGGAGCAUCUUGUACUGUCACUGUUUUUGUACUAAAUCUUCAAAUAUUGUCUACUGUGUAAGGCAGAAAAAUUUCUUAUCAUGCAAAAACCAUUUUGUUUCCAGGGUAACAAGUACCUAAGUGCAUGCACAACUUGUUUUCCCUUGUAACAUUCAUGAUCUCAUUCUCUACUCUGAUUUAAAAAAAAAAAAAAAAAAAAUCUUUACAACAAGCUAUAUAGGGACAUACCAGAUGUUGCAGUGAUUUUAGCUAUCAACGAACUGUUAACCAUGUACAAUAUUUAAAAUAGGCCUAUUUUGAUGUAUUGCCUAUUAUACAAAUACACAAAACACUUUUUGGAGGCCUCAGUUAUGAGUGGCAGAGCUUUCUGUGUAUAAUUUGUCUAAAUAAUUUGUCUAAUAAAAAUGUUUUCUAAA